UUUAAAAGCAAGAGCUGUCAGUGAACAACUCUUGUCUGCUGUCAAACCCGAGAGUCAUUUAAGCCGCAUGAAUGACUUGAAAACUUAUUAAAAGAAGUGAAAUUUUAUAAAAUCGUUUUCUUGUGCUUUUGCAUUAAAUAAAAACUGAGAAAUAAGAAAAUUUUUUUUAAAUCACAUCAGUUUUUUUUUAAUAUAUUUUCGGUCGGUUUUAAAUCGUAUAAACCAUGUAUAUAUUACCACAAUGUUUCACCUUAGUUCUUGUCGUGUUAAUAGCGGAAGCAAAAUUAAAAGAAAAAUUUUCAUGGAAGCAAAUGGAAUUUGAUUGGCCUAACCCGGAGGCAGAACAAAAAGCCAUCAAAUCAGGACAAUAUGUUGUGGAGAAUAAUUUGCCGUUAGGAGUUGAACGUUGGCAAAACAAAUUGUUCAUUACAAUACCAAGAUGGAAAUCCGGUGUGGCUGCCUCAUUAAAUUAUGUGGACUUAGAUUCUGAAGGACAAUCACCUAAACUAAAGCCUUAUCCCAGCUGGGAGUCUAAUAACAUACCCCCUACUGGUUAUAAGGAAAGCCUUCUUAGGGAUAAUUCAACAGUCAUUUCUCCAUUUCGAGUACAAGCCGAUGCCUGCGAUCGUCUCUGGGUCCUUGAUACAGGUGUGACUGAUCUUCUGGGUGAUACUAAACAGAUAGCACCUAAUUCUAUUAUCAUAUUUGAUUUGAAAACGGAUAAGCUGAUUAGACGUUAUGAAUUACCCAAGAACCAAGUGAAAGAUGAGAGUUUUCUAGCUAACAUAGUUGUCGACUCUGAACGCUCCGAAUGUGAUAAUGCUUACGCUUAUUUGCCUGAUUUAGGUGCUUAUACCCUUGUAGUUUAUUCUUUCCACGACAAUCGCUCGUAUCGCAUCGCUCACCAUUACUUCCACUUCGAUCCUUUACAAGGUGACUUCAACGUAGGUGGUGUUAACUUCCAAUGGACUGACGGCAUUUUCGGAAUGACAAUUGGACCAAUCAAUCCCGACCAUAGCAAGGAUAUUUACUUCCAUCCUUUGGCCAGCACGAAAGAGUUCAAAGUGUCAGAUUACGUUCUACGCAAUGAGUCAUACGUUAUCAGCAAGGACGCCUUUUUUGAAUUUAAAUUGGUAGGCGAUAGGGGAAUGAAUGGUCAAUCAACUGCCGAGGUUUAUGAUAAAGAAACAGGAGUCAUUUUCUACACCCAAGUCAAUAAAGACGCCAUUGCUUGCUGGAAUGUUAAGCGCCCUUACAAUCCCGACACUCAAGGUUUAGUUGAUUCCAAUUCGCAGACUUUGAUUUUUCCCAAUGAUAUGAAAAUUGACGCAGAAGGUAAUCUUUGGGUGUUGUCAGAUAAAAUGCCUACAUACAUUUACGAAACUCUAGAUCCAGAAAACAUAAAUUUCCGUGUAUUUACGGGCAAGAUCCGUGACCUAAUAAAGGGUACGAAAUGUGAAGUGUAAGCCAUGAAUUUUUUGGGUUUGUCUAAUCCCCCUUUGUACACAUAUAAGCAUGCAUUUUAGCUUUUUUUUUGAUUACCUUUUAAAAGAACUUCAAUAAACAAUAAAAACUUGCGAAAAGCGCAUAAUAAUUAUUUCUUAUAUUCACAUACGAAUCAUUGCCGCACAUUUUCUUGCUUGUCUUUAAUGUUCCUUAUAAAAACUAAUUCUUAACUUUUCAACUUCUGUGACCGCACCUACUUGUAUUUCAAGUGAUUUUUGUCCUAAAUGAAACUAAAAGACUUACUUUUAAAACGAAAUCUUCUACAGCUAAUCUUGGACCAGCAGAUUAUUUAGAAUAGAGACGAAAUGGUUAUUCAUUUAUCUUAUUACCAUUUGACAAUUCGCAACUUUUACAUACUCGGCCAUUGUAUUACUACCAAGUAAAAUUACUUUUUUCUCUCGCGUUUUUUUGACACAAAUAAUCGAAAAAGUAAAACGAAACUGGGAAAGAUGAUAUCAAGAACAUUAAAAAGUUAGACAAACUUGCCGUACCCAUAGGGAACCCUGUUUCCUCCUUUUAAGCACAUAGGGUCUUCUUGUGCUAUUAUUAUCAAUUCAAAGUACAUUUAGUUUUUUAUCAUCUUUUGUCCAGAUGAUAGCCUUAGAGAACUGGGAGUUAUUCAGUAUUUUGAAUAGAUAAUUCGAUGAUAGAUCAUUGGAUACACUAGCAAACAUAUCCGCUGUGAGCAAAAAUAAGCGUUUCACUCCAGGCUUGUACUCAAUUUUUGAUUCUGACUUCUGAAAAACUGCUUGCAGCGUACCUUACCUCUUUUGGUAACUAUUAAAUGUAUAUUUCGAGUUUAUCCAGACAAAGCGACAUUUAUUGAAUUUUGUCUCAGCGUUGUAUUGUAUUUGUGUGACAAAGGGUGAUGCUUUGCUGUACAGCCAUCGAUUCCGCUCUGUUUAUUGGAGAAACAUUUACGUCGAUUUGUAUUCAAGCACCGACAACGCAAUUUUUUUGUCUUUCACCAUUUCCAGUUGGCACCCAAAAUUUAAAGAUUGGAACCCAACACAAUUUUAGAUUUUAAGAGCCUCACUUUUGCGCGAGAAACAAGCCGUUCUGUUCAUGUUGCUUUGCUGAUAAUGAUUUACCGAUGCGUUCUUCUUAUACUUUGCAGAGAACGCGACGUGACGCACUGCGGUCACUGAAUACUUCCAUAAUUCCUUUACAUGCAUAGCCAAAUUUUAUAACUUAUUGACCAAAGUUUUCACUAGCAUUAGCUUUGAUCAGAUACAAAUUUCUCUUCAUCUUCUCUUAUUGGGUGUUGGGUGCUUAACAUAACAUAGGCUAAUUUAUUGAUUUGCCUUGAUUUUAAAGAUUUGCUGAGCUCGACGGAACAAUAACACAAUUUUGUUAGCCGAGUUUCCAUUCCACGAACUGCACUCGGUAUACAUCAAGGCAAUAUAUAUAUGUAAAACAAGGUAUUUCGCUAACAACAUUUGCGCAAGAAAAUCAUCGUGUCGCAUGCAAAUCUUUACCUGUGUGCAAUUUAUAGGUGUGCUUCAAGUAUAUUGCCCCGAACGUUGUGUUAACCAAGCUCUCUCUAAUGCAUUCAUUUUUGAAUGAACCCAUUUUUAGGCAGAUAACAUAUUUUCAUAACUGGAAUAAAAUUUAAACAAUUGUAACUUUCCGUGGGCAUGGCCGAUUUGUUCGAUUUUUGCAUGUAAAGAGUAGAGUGUUUCGUAAAGACAAUGUGGAAUUUGAACCUUAGAAUCUGUAUAAUUUCUGAGUAACGAGCAAAAACCCACAAAUAAACGAUGUUGAGCUCAGUUUAUGCUUCACGGCGGGCUUCCGCUCUGAUCAGCAUUCAUCCAUGUAAGCUCUUAGUGAACGAUAAAAAUAAAAAUUUUCCAGAAUCCCAAUUGUUUAAUUCAUUUGAAAAUUUCUAGAAAUUUCAAUAUCAUUUCUAGAAAAUGGAAGAUUCCAGCGCAUGAACAAAUCUUCGCUAAUAUAAGGAAUCUGAUUCAAUAUCUAAAAUGUCCGAAUGUUCAUAAUUUCAAUAUCAUCGAUGCCCAAUAGUUUUUAAUGUACAAGAAUAAUAGAAGGCUCACUAAUUUCAUAUAAUAAAUACAAUAAAGGAAGAGAUGGAAAUGCAGUAAAUAAUAA